AUGGGAUACAUAAUUAACGAUGCCAAAAAAAAUGGCGUGAUUAAAACGAGUACCGCAGAAGGAAAUCGUGAGGAGACCACAAGUGACAUUUAUGUGGGUGAAUACAACAACGGGAAAAAAAAUGCAGAGCAGUGCCCAGGUGGAAAUGGACCUGUUCGAUUGAGUGGUGGUGAUAACCCAGUGGGGGAGGAACCUGCUGUGGGGAGAGAAGGAUACGUCGUGCCAAACUAUGACAAUCAGAAAGGACAACCAUGUGGUGGCAACCUAAUUCACCCCACCAACGUUCCCAUUCAGCAGCUCCCAUGUGACAUUAACCCGAAGGUGGAGCAAAAUGGCGAAGUUGUUAACUGCAACUACGAAGGGAGUCCCAAUGGUGUGUUCUACUUACAUGGAUCAAAUAAACAAGGACAGAUCGGACCGAGUGAAAACGCAAAUAUGUUAACCAAUACGAUCGAGCAGCAGCAGAGUAGCCUCUCAUUUCAGUCAACUUUGAUCAAUCCGAACGGAUGUGCCGUUUCGACACAACAUGGAGGAGGAAGUAAAAGCAUCCCCACGACUAACGUGCAGACAUCGGUUUGUAGCGCAUCAUGUGGAGGGGUAGCUAGCCACCUAGGUGGAAAAUCCCCACGGGGAAAACACCCCCGGUCGUCUAAUCAGAAGCCGCCAAGUAGUGCCGAUUCGGACGAUGGUGAUGAGUCGAACCGUAUGAUAAGAAAAAAAAUAAAAAAAAAGGUUGACGAAAACGAUCAUCUAUUUUAUGCCAUUAAUGAAUUCAUGAAGAAGGGACUGAAAAACGAGUGCAUCCCGUUGUUUGAGCGCCUACAGCAGAAUUUGUUUUUUUUAGUGAUGCUUGCAAACAUCCCAAAUGACAACUUUGAUGAGCUGGAGAGCAGUUCGUCGGACUAUUAG